GUCGUGGUAGCACCUGAUUGCUUCCAACCUGCUUCAGUUUUACUCGGAAUCGGAGAAUAACAUCCUAACUACCGACCGUCUUUGACAGAAACGGGACGAUCAGAUGCACUAAGCGCUGCCUCAUGUCAGUUUUUCCAAACCCAUUUCCUUCAAAGCCAAGCCUUUCGGCUUCGAGCUGUUGCGGAUUGUAACGAAGCCCUCUUGUGCUCUCUCCCACUGGUUCAUCACCAUGGAAUCUCCAUUUAUUGGUGUCUAGGGUCUAGUUGUUUUUCCGAUCCAUCCGAAUCACGUUUAUUUAAUGGCUUCGUGGCUCAAAGCCGCAGAAGAUUUGUUUGAAGUUGUAGAUCGAAGGGCAAAGCUAGUUGUCAAUGACUUGUCUGACGAGCAAUCUGAUACUCAGUCAGCAGCUGCUAAUGGACAAGGAUCUCAAGCCAAGAGGAGGCCGAAGACAAAGUCCCAAAAGAGAUUCCCCACAAUUGAAUCUGAUACUUCAGAGAAUCAAACUAGGACUUUUACGUCACAAGUAGAUGUGACACCUGAAAAAACUACGGCUCCUCGGUUAGUUGAAAAUGACGGGACUCCUAUUGAGUCUGUUGCCCAAACAAACAACAGCCAGCAGCAGAAUUUCGAAAAACAUCCCCCCAUCACAGCCCCCAUCACAGGCAUUCCUUUAACAGAGACCCUAAUUAGUGAUGUGAUUGAACAUGAUGCCAAUCAUAUUGAAGUCCCUUCAACUAUUACUGAUGCGGAAGUUGUCUCAUCAUCUUCAAAUGGUGAGCCCAUCAAUGAGAAUGAUCCAAAUGUUCAUAGAGAACAUCCUCCUCUGUCAUUACCUGCCGAAAGAGGUGAGAUUGUUAAUGUAGAUCAUCCAAAUGAUGCUGUCCAAGGUAUCAAAUAUAGAGACACAGAUGUUACUUUGAAGACUGACGAAGAAAAAUCUCAAUCUGUGUAUAUUGAUUCCCAUGGUACUAGUGAUACUCAACUGAAAGAUGUUGAUAUCAAGGUUGAUCCUCUUGUCAAUCAAAAAAGACAACAGGAUCUUAAAGCUGAUGAUUAUCCGAUCAAAGUACAGGACCAACUUGAAGAGGCUCAGGGACUACUUAAAACUACAGUUUCCACUGGUCAAUCUAAAGAGGCAAGGCUAGCUCGGGUCUGUGCUGGACUCUCAUCCCGUCUUCAAGAAUACAAAUCUGAGAAUGCACAGCUAGAGGAACUUCUCAUUGCUGAGAGAGAACUUACUAAAUCAUAUGAGGUUCACAUAAAGCAGCUGCAGCAAGAUCUGUCUGAAUCCAAAAGUGAAGUGUCAAGGGUGGAGUCAAAUAUGGUUGAGGCCUUGGCAGCAAAGAACUCUGAAAUUGAGGCACUUGUUGGUUCUCUUGAUGCACUUAAGAAACAAACUGCCUUCUCUGAAGGAAAUCUGGCUUCAUUGCAGGCAAACAUGGAGUCUAUAAUGAGGAGUAGGGAACUCACAGAGACGAGGAUGAUGCAGGCUCUACGGGAGGAACUGGCAUCUGUAGAACGGAGAGCAGAAGAAGAGCGUGCUGCACAUAACGCUACCAAACUGGCAGCUAUGGAAAGAGAAGUAGAAUUAGAACAUAGAGGAGUUGAGGCAUCCACUGCCCUCGCAAGGAUCCAGAGAGUAGCAGAUGAGAGGACAGCAAGGGCGGCAGAGCUUGAGCAGAAGGUGACACUGCUUGAGGUUGAAUGUGCAUCUUUAAAUCAAGAACUACAAGAUAUGGAAGCUCGUGCUUGUCGUGGACAAAAGAAGUCGCCGGAAGAGGCAAAUCAAGUGAUUCAGGCAUGGCAGGAAGAAGUUGAACGUGCACGCCAAGGUCAGAGGGAUGCUGAGAGCAAAUUUUCUUCUUUGGAGGCUGGAGUGCAGAAAAUGAGGGUAGAAAUGGCUGCAAUGAGAAGAGACACUGAGCAUUAUUCACGCCAGGAGCACAUGGAGCUGGAGAAACGCUACCAGGAACUAACUGACCUACUGUACUACAAGCAAACACAGUUAGAGGCCAUGGUUAGUGAAAAAGCUGCAGCAGAGUUUCAAUUGGAGAAGGAAAAGAAGCGUAUUCAAGAAGUGCAGGUUGAGGCUGAAAGAAGUAGGGUGUUCCGUAGGGCAUCAUCAUCUUGGGAAGAAGACACUGAAAUGAAAGCACUCGAGCCCCUCCCCUUGUAUCACCGCCAUCUGGUUGGGGCAAGCCUACAGUUGCAGAAGGCAGCAAAACUUUUAGAUUCAGGAGCUGUCAGGGCCACUAGAUUUCUCUGGAGGUACCCAACUGCUCGAGUUAUCCUGCUUUUUUAUCUGGUAUUUGUACAUCUCUUCUUGAUGCAUCUGUUGCAUCGUCUUCAGGCACAAGCAGACAGUUUUGAUGCUAGAGAAGUUGCAGAAUCUAUGGGACUUGCGAAUCAUACUUUGCCUUGAUCAGUUAACUGUAGCCAGGGGAAAGCUAGUUCAAGUCAUCCUGCUUUUACAAGGGUGCGGCUUCUUCGAAUUCGGGACAUGUAUUUGCUUAAGAACUUGAAAUUUUGUUACUCAAUCCUUCAUGUCACAACCAUUUGAGAUGUAUGGUGUCCAACGGUUGGUAUAUUAGCAUCAGAAAUUUUGGAUCGGCAUGGAAAUGCUGUGAUAUCAAAAUGAUUACAAGUAUUUAUGAUUUGGUUUGCACGCCAAUUUGACACUCAACCAACUAUAUAUUGUAAGAAUUUGGCCACUACGAUUGGCAAUUUAGCUGUGAGUGAAUGUAAAAGCAGGUUGUAUAGUCGGGAAAAAUUCAGUUACCGUUGAGGUUCAAAACUUCUACAUGAGCUUGGCUUUGCA